GAAAAAUUUCAGACAAACUUUCUGAGUCCUGCAGCUCCGUUCCGUUUUUCUCCGAAAAGUCGACUGUCGUAAGAGAGAGAGAGAGAGAGAGAGAGAGAGAGAGAAAAGUUCCUUUCCGCCGAAAGGUACAACGCCCGUUAGGGUUUCUUUUUAACCCCAAUAAUUCUCAGAUCAUUCCCCCGAUCGAAGCCCUAAUUCGCCCCCCCAAUCCCUAAUUCCCCCUUUUUUGAUCUCCCGAAAACGCACCGUAAGAGGAUUUUUUUUUUUUUCGUGUGCGUGCUCGAUUUUUGUUCCGAUUUGACCGGUUAAUUUGAUUUGUGGCUCGAAUUAAGGUACUGAUGACGGAUUCUAGUACUCUAGAGGAACUUAGUUGAGUUUUUUUCCUUAUUUUUGUUGUAAUUUUGGGUGGUUUUUGCGGUCGUUGGGUGGGAUUAAGGUGUUAGAUGGAUUCUAGUGCGCAAGAUGCUUCGAAUGGUGAGAUUACUGUGGAUAGUAGAAAGGAGAGAUCGUCGGAUCAGUGUAGCUCGUCGGCCGCCGGGUAUCGCCUUUUUGGUCGGCAACGAUCGAUGCAUCAGAUAAUUGGGGGAGGGAAAGCUGCUGACGUCAUCUUGUGGAAGUGGCGACGGGUUUCAUUUGGGAUUAUCAUUGUUGCAACUGCCGCAUGGAUUUUAUUUGAGAAAUCCGGCUUAUCGUUCCUGACAGUCUGCUCUGACGUUCUGCUGAUUUUGAUAGUGGUUCAGUUCAUUCGGGUUAAAACUGCUGCUUUACUAGAUAAGCAACUUAAGCCACUUCCAGAAUUAGUUCUAUCAGAAGAAAUGGUGAACAAUGCAGCAGCUUCUUUUCGUGUUAAAGUUAAUCAUAUGCUCCUGAUGGCACAUGAUAUUACGCUUGGGAAGGACUUCAGGCUCUUCUUUCAGGUGGUGGUUUUCCUCUGGUUGUUGUCCGUUGUUGGUGGGUUCAUUUCAUUCGUCACUUUUGUUUACAUAGGGAUUAUUGUAUCGAUUACAAUACCUGCGCUGUACAACAAGUUUGAAGCUCAUGUGGAUAGGUGUGCUGGGUUAGUCCACCAGAAGUUCUCCAAACAUUACAAGAUAGUGGAUGAAAAUGUAAUAAGCAGACUACCGAGGAGCUUCGUGAGAGAUAAGGAUGCAUGAUGCUGCAAAGAACUCGAGCGGUGCAUUUUCCUUUCCUUUAUUUGCAUUAAGCCAAGUGUUCAUAUGCUGUGCUUCUACACG